AUCAUAUAUUUGUAGGGGACCUGAGUCCUGAAAUCGAAACUCAAACUCUACGUGACGCAUUUGCAGCCUUCGGGGAAAUAUCGGAUUGUCGAGUGGUUCGAGAUCCACAAACGUUGAAGUCGAAGGGAUAUGGAUUUGUUUCGUUUAUUAAAAAGGGGGAAGCAGAAAGUGCAAUAGCGGCAAUGAAUGGUCAAUGGUUAGGUAGCAGGAGUAUCAGAACCAACUGGGCAACACGGAAACCACCAGCACCAAAAAGCGAAGUAAACUCCAAACCACUGACCUUUGAUGAAGUUUACAACCAAAGCAGUCCAACAAAUUGUACAGUAUAUUGCGGGGGUAUAACAAACGGUCUGACAGAGGAACUGAUGCAAAAGACUUUCGCUCCAUUUGGAACUAUUCAAGAAAUUAGAGUAUUUAAAGAAAAAGGAUAUGCCUUUGUAAGAUUUUCUACGAAAGAAUCCGCCACGCAUGCUAUAGUAGCAGUUCAUAAUACAGACAUCAAUGGUCAAAUUGUCAAAUGUUCUUGGGGAAAAGAAUCCGGAGAUCCCAAUAAUGCACCCGUCACUGGUCAGGCAAUCGCAGGUACGAGUUUUCCCUAUAGUGCCUACGGGCAGCAGUUAAGUUACUGGUAUCCUCAAAGUUAUCCAACCGCAAGCUCUGCACAAAUACAGGGACAGUUUCUAGGAGGAAUGCAAGGAUAUGCUUAUGGCCAAUUUGGGGGAUAUCAGCAGUCGUAUAUGGGUAUGGGGCUCCAAGUACCUACUGCAGCAACAGCCUGGCAAGGUAUUCCAAGCCAGCCACAGAUACCAGCUACACCCCAACAGAUGACAGCCCCUACGGCUUCACUGCAACAGCCAGGGAUAGUGUUCCCCAUACAACAAUAUCAAGCACAAUGAAAAAGACACAAUUGUCAACACACCGAUCUAGUGAUAUUUUAAAAAAAUUCCAACAAGAAAGAUAACAUUAUCAGUAGAAGAAAAAUUCGCGGAUCAGUAAUUGUGCCAAAUUUCAAGUAGUUUCAAUGAACACACAACUGUAGAAGUCCUAAGUCCAUCCAUUUUAAGUAGAGCUGGCGAGGACUAGAGCUGUAUGAGUGAUGAAAAAUUACUGCACUGCCUAGGCAGAGCCUAGUACACGCCUAGCUCACCUGGUUUCACCACUUUGCAUGAAAUCUGUAAUUUUUACGUCUUUUUGGCAGCUGGGAGAAGAAGAUUGGCUCCUGGUAUGAUCCAGUCCACACAGAUCUAUCUGGUGACCUUCGUGACCUAUGGAGUUCGUACAGUGUGCUCUACAGCUAUGGAUCAAUUCAGUUUACUUGAGUUACCUGUAUUUCGCGCUAGGACUGUUGAACACAUCAAAAAAUUAAUAUAGAAUAUAAGAAUUUAUAUUUAUAAAGAAAUGCAAGCGGUUUCUAUGUUUGACUUGUACAAACGCAAGUAGAAUAGGAAUGAAAUUAGAUAGGUUAGAUGAUAGUUAUGUAAUCCUGAAACACGAAUCCUUAUAGUACAGGCGUUCUCAAAAUAUUUACCACAUAUGAAUUUUAUUGAGGUGGUAUAAUAAGCAAUUAAUUAGUUAGAUAUUUACUUUACUACUUGAAUACCACUAUGAUUUUGUUACUUAUCUUUUAUUGGGCUGUUAAAAUUUUUUGUUGAAUUUUUAUAUAUUAUGGCAAAGGUUUUGGGAUAUCCUGAACUAAAAAACUACCGUAAAAAAUAUCGGAUCAGUUUACAAAAGAUAUUAUCAAAAAUUUCCUGUAUAUACAGAUACCAGUCACUAAUAAGUCUUAUUGAAGCCAAAUGUUAAUAUGCUUUUUCUAGUAUUCACUCCUGAUUUAAUAAGGCGCAUAUUUUCUUUUUUUACACGUGUAUCCUUAUGAAAAUGUAGCGAAAUUUACAAGAAUUUUAUUUUUAAUAUAUUUUUUAACAAAACUUUUGAAUGUUUAAUAAGAAAUAUACCUAAUUGUAAGAAAAACAUAUUUAAAAAGUAAUUUCAGCUAAAACCAAGUUGCCUACUUCACUGGAUUCUUUUAGUACAUUUAUGUUAUAAAAAACAAUAUAACUGAGUGUAGGCUUCCACAUCCUGUAUUUUGUAAUGAUAUUCUGUUUUCAGUAUUUGUAGGCCUUAGACGAACUAAGGUUGUGGCAAAUAUAACAGUGUGGGAGGUAGCCUUACAUUUGAACAAGUAAUUUCAUAUCGAUUGAAAAUCGUAACAAUAAUAUUUUGCCCUUAAAACAUCAGCUACUCUAGUAAAAGUAUAGCUAAAGGUGACAGCCUGUGAAAGUUGCCAAAAAAAUAUGUUUAAGCAACAAUGCCCUUCGGUAGGGAUCCAUGGAGGAGUAUCACCAAGCCGCAAGCUCUUAUCCCUUGCCGUACCGCUCCUCCAUAGACGGAUCAGACACCAGUUUAUUCCAGACCAAAUCGUAGAUUCUAUUGAAUUUUAUACUACGACGUUGGCCUUUUAUUAAUUUUAAAUGACCUGGCUGAGGCUUGAACCUCGACCGCAAAUCCACUAAACUUGUCGAUCGACUGCGCCUCAUCCAACUGAGACGUCAUGACCGAUAUCUUUCUAAGCAACUUCAUACCCUUUUAAAUAUAAUGGUAUGAUUUUAUAGAUCAUGUUUUACUAAAAUAUCUCUGUCUAAGGGUUCACCGCUAAUUGUCCCGUAGGGUAAAGAGUCAGGUAAUCAGGCGUCUCUUACCCUCUAUCUUUCCUUUAAGUAUCAGUUGCUGCAAAGGGUAUUCUCCUCACAUCUCCUUAACAUUCUCCUCAGAAAAUGUACCCUAAGUACGCAGUCUUUUUAUAUAUUAUAUUCAAAAGGAAAGCUCUAGAUAGUACGUCCUCAUUUCAAACUUUAUGAAUCUGGCUAUUCAGGUCCAUGCUCCUAUUUCAUACAUAGAACAGAACUUCAGACUUAUUUUACUGUGCUUUUUAUUUUCGUUUUAACAUCUCAACUAUCGUAUAGAAAACUCUCCAGUCUCCAAGUAUUUAAACUACUCUACUUGCUCUGUAUCUUGUUCAGCUACGUAUAUUUAUUUGCAUUUAGAAAAUCAUUUCUACCUAUAAUCGUGUUUUUGGUCUUCUUGAUAUUUAUUGUCAAACCCCGAGCUUAAUUUGGAAGAGAUCAUUAAAAAAAAAACAUUGAAAAUCGUUGAUGUUAUUUGCCAAUACCGCUACAUCAUGCGAAUCUCGAUAGGGACUCUUCCUGAUAAAUCUUAUUAUUGGUUCAUGUUUUACGUUAUCUAAUAUACGUGAAGCUAGCCUUUUUCCUUCAAGUCUAUUUUUGAAUCAAAACUUUUUAGUCUAGUGACUAACUUCUUAAAAUUUCUUAUCAAAUGUUGAGUAUUCUCAAGAAAUGUUUAAGAAUGGCUCAUUAGGCUUAGUAGCUGGUGAUCUUUACAGAAUUUCGCACGCGUAGUCUCAUGGAUAUCGCUAAAAAGCUUGACGAUAAUAUUUCCAUUAAGUAGCUUAAUUGACAGAUCCCUUCCAGAUAACUAAAGAGUUAAAACAGGGAGAUGGGCUGGCACCAACUCUGUUUAAUAUAUGUAUGGAAUAUGUCAUAAUAAAAAUGUCCGUAAACCCAAAAAAUUUAUGGUUUAAUACGUCUAAGCAGAUUGUAAUGUAAGUAGAUGAUGUAAACUUGAUGGGAAGAACCGCAAGAUACGGAAACGGAUAAUGCUUGCUAACAAAGCAUAUUCUCUCUGUGGUAGGUGUUUGGAUUCAAAGACAUCCAUAGGGAAGUAAAGUUUAAAAUAUAUAAAACCAUCAUACGGCCAAUAGUAACAUAUGGCGUAGAAACAUGGAUCGUGACUGAAAAGACAAUAAACCUUAUUAAUACUUUUGAAAGAAAGAUAACGUGUGAUCCAAAAUUAUUGUCACCAUAGGUGGCUCUGAACGACAGAGAUAGCUAUACAGUGCAUGUCUAUUAUUAAUUCAGAUAUACUUUUUAGUUUACGUCAACUUUGACAGAUACUUGUCAGUGUACGUACGUCAACUUAACUAAACACUAUAAUUGAACAUAAAAAGUAGCAGAUGAAGCCAAAUUUUAACUUUAUACGAAUUAAAUCUGGAAAGAUCGCUCCUUGUCGAAGAACACCAAAAUAAGAUUAGUACGUGCCUUAAUUUUUCCCAUAUUUAAUUACGGAUCCGAAACAUGAACAAUGAAAUCGGAAGACAGAAAAAGGAUUGACGCCUUUGAAAUGUGGUGCUGGAGAAGAAUGCUUCGGAUCUCAUGGACGGAACACAGAACAAAUCACUCAAUCCUCCAAGAGCUUAAUAUUCAGACUCGACUUUCCUCUCCACCGUCUUAAAAUUUUUCUGCUAUAUUGCAGGAAGGAGUGAUGAUAAUCUUGAGAGACUUAUAAUUUCGGAAAACGUUGAAGAGCGCAGAAGUAGAGGUCGCUCACCUACUCGAUGGACGGAUCAAGUACAGAAAGCCAGUGGAAAAACAUUCUCUGAAUCCAUGAGGGAAGCUCAGGACAGAAGCCGAUGGAAAGAGAUAGUUGCUCGUAUUAUAGGGAAUCACGACACUCAGCAAUGAGAAAACGACUGAGGAGGAGGACGAAUUAAAAGGUCUUGAGAUUGGGUAUCUUUUCAACGUGUUUUCAAUCAUUAUUCUUUGUUUGGAAAAGUGAUCAUAACAACACUGAAUAUAGCCGCAAUUGGCCGUGACGUCACACUCCAGCGGUCUUUCAGAUUAAAACAAGACGUACGUGAUUUUUUCCACGGAUAGCUUUGAUCCCAAUAAUUUUGGAUCGCUCGUUAUUAAGGAGGAUAUUGGGACCCAUUUGCGACAAUGGUAUAUGGAAAAUAAGGUUCAACCACGAGUUAUAGCAAUAUUACAAAGAACCCUCUAUAGCAAAUUAUGCAAAAAUACAAAUAUUGCGAUGGGCAGGUCACUUUAUAAAAAUGGAUAACGAGAGAACACCUAGUAAAACGCUUAGCGUAACUAUGGUGGGACGUCGGCCACUCGCAAAACUAAGGAAGAGGUGGAUAGACGAAGUGAGAACCGAUGCUAAAGAGAUAUUGAGGGUGGACAACUGCAGGAGAGCAGCCAGGGACAGAGAUACUUGGAGGCGGAUGCUGGGGGAGGCCAGGGCCCGACUUGGGCUGUAGUGCCAUAGGAGAGAUAGCUUAAUUGUUUUUCCAUAUAUAUUAUUUAGUCCUGAGGCUUUUUUAAGAUUACCAGCUAUUUCCAGAAAAUUUCCAGCAAUUUCCAGAAAGUUUUCAGCUAUUCCAAACGUCUCCGAAGCUGAGAAUGAUGGGAUUAUCUAUUUUCGUUGGGAAAGAACACUUUCAUUGAUAUGUAGAUUGAUCAGUACAUAUUCUGCUUGAAGUUUUUUAAAGCACGUAAAUUUGACUAAAGUAAAUCUCAAUAAGUGGCAAACAACCACCAUUACUUUCCUUAUAUACUGACUCUGUAGCUAUUAACAGAUUGGUCAAAAAUAUCUACAGCUGCCAUUAAAGCGUUAUAUCUCGUGAGAAAUUUUGAUUGGAUUACCGCACAGCAGCAAACCAAAGUUUGCCUUUGAAAGAGCCUCAAUAGUAUUGUAAUUUGAUGUUAUUGUGACAUUAUCUUUUCAUUUUAAAAAGACGAACCAGCUUAUUUUGUCAAAAAUAUGUUGGAUAUAUCCAGGAUCUUGCUUUUUUAUUGCAUUCGAUUUGGGCAAAAGACAUUUUUACGAGAUUUUCUCGUGUUUUGUAUAGUGCUCGUAAGCCUUUUGCUUUUAAGUUUUGUUUCACAUGAUGCACAUUAAGUCAAAAACAUUCAUAAUAAAAAUUAGUAUUACUAAUAAUUAUUAUUACAUAAUAAAAAAUAAAUAUACGUAAGAAGUAUCUAUCUACCCUCAGAGAAAAGCACAAAACUUUUAAAGUUUUGAUAAAAGUAUAACAUAAAAAUUAAGUAUAAAAUUUCCUAAUAUAAUUUUAAAUAUAUACCGUAAGUUCGAUUAUAUUGCAAGAGGAGGAAAUGGGGUAAAUAUAAUAUAUUUUUGUCAAUUUUCACAUGAUGACAUCUUUCACAUGGUCCAUCCUGGCAACUGAUUGGCAACUUCCGAAUAAAUGAUAUUUAUUCGGUGUAAAAUGCAUCGCUACCUCCCGUACUAUUAGACUAUUAGACAGUGACCUAUAAGCCCUAAACCGAAUAUAUUCUUAAAAUCCAACUCUCAACCAAUUAAAGAAAUUCAAAAUUCGAACCAAAAAAUGCAUUAUUCAGUUCAUAAUUCUUCUUCUUAGUCAGUAACUUGUUACAGAUAUCGGGAUAUUAUGAUUUCAUGAGUUGAUAUGUUCGAUGUUCCUCCAGUUUUCUUUAUCUUCUGGCAUUCUCUCCAUUCUGACAGCGGAACGCUUAUACCUGCGACAAUGUGGUCUAUAUAUUUUGUAGGGGACUUACCUCUACCUAUUUUACUUUCGUCCUUUCCCUGUAUGGAAAGUUAUUAUCGACUACCCGUUCGAAAAACAUCAUUUUUUUAAUCCUGGAUGAUAAUGUACAUUUUACAUCUAAAUGACAUUGAGUGAUCAGCUAUUAAUUGCUUUUGUGCAGCAAAUAAAUAAAGUCAAUUUUGAACUGUUGAAUACUGAAUGUAACUCUAAAAUUAAAUUUUAACGGUUAAUUAUAAUUAGAUUAUAGCUAAUACCUAACGGAGCCUUUUGUCAAUAUAGUAUGUGAGACUAUUAUCUAUUAUGGAAAAUAAGAUUUUUAAUAAAUUGGUUUUUUUAUUACAUAUUAGUAGCUUUUUGUUUAACCCUUUCGCGGACACGACUGCAUGUUCUUCUUCUUCAUGUGCCUUGUCCGUUGCGGACGUUGGCUAUCAUCAUAACAAUUUUAAUUUUGUUUGCGGCGUUUCUGAAUAACUCGAUCGAUGUUAGUCCAAACGAAGUUUUGAAGCCAUGAGUGUCUUCUUCUUCCGGGUCCGCGUUUGCUUUCUAUUUUACCCUGUAUUAUCAGUUGGAGUAUAUGAUAUUUAUCAUGUCUCAUAAUAUGACCGAGGUAUUCAAGUUUCCGAUUCUUAAUUGUGAAAGAGAUUUCUUUUUGUUUUCCCAUUCGGCGCAGUACCUCUACGUUGGUGGUGUGAGUCGUCCAGGAUAUUUUGAGGAUACGUCGAUACACCCACGUUUCGAAUGCCUCCAGCUUUCUCAUUAAUGUUUCCGUCAAUGUCCAUGCCUCUGCAACGACUGCAUAUGCCAAGGGAAAUUACUGUCUGCAUAUGCAGUCGUGUCCGUGAAUGGGUUAAAGAAUUAUGAGCUCUAAUAAGUGUCAUACAGAAAACUUCGUAUUCUAAUUAUUGUUCUUUCAUUAGUCUGAGAAUAUUCAUAUUAUUAAUUGAUCAAAAGACUCUAAUAAUGCCCAGCUUGGUGCUGGUCUUAACUCUGGUCUCUUUGGCAGAGGGGUGCGACAGGGAGAUACCUUGUCGCCAAAUCUAUUUAUAACAGUCAUAGAGUACGCAUUUAAACGACUAGAGUGAGAAUCAAAGGGUAUUAACAUUGAUGGAAAGACAUUAAAUUACCUCCGAUAUGUCGAUGACAUUGUUCUCAUAACAGACGACAUACGAGAAUAUAGAGUUAUGCUACAACUACAGCAAGUAACACAGAGAGUCGGUUUAAAGAUAAAUUAUGGAAAAACAAAAAUAAUGAACAAUCUCAUCCCCAAUGAGCUGGGAGAAAUCGAGAAAUCGCCCAUAGAACUUGUGGAAAAAUAUGUGUAUUUGGGUUACGAAAUAAGGUUAACACGAGACAACCAAACAUGCGUCGCGUAAUAAUUCGCGGGACUAGCGAAUAAUUCGCGAAAUGAAGAUUGGAUCGAAAAAUUGAAAAAUACAUUCAAUAUUUU